GCUUUUUUGUGACUGGAUUUGUUAAGCUUAACGGAACUACUCUCAGUACAGCAAGUGCUGAAUGUUGUCAUGUGUUAAUAAGUUAAAAAUGUGAACAGGACCGAUGAUGAGAAGCUCCGGCUGGUUCCUGACAGCAGUACUUCAGGUCAUCAUCUUUGUAUGACGGGCUGUGCCAGCUUUGUACUCAUCAUUCAUUCAGCAUUUCCAUAAUUUUUUCUUCAGUGCAGUAGUACCAUGAAGAGUGGAGGAAGAGGUAAGGCACAGCCUGUUGAGGAGGUCACUGGCAAAAGACCUAAACGUAAAUGCCUGCAGUGGCACCCUCUUCUUUCCAAGAAGGCUUCAGAGUUCUCUGAGGAAGAGGAAGAUGAAGAUGAGGAGGAGCUGGGGAAGGCAGGGCUGUGCAGUGAAGAUCAGGACUCCCAAGUGCAUAAUGUAAGCACAGCAGAGGAAGCUGAAGAAGACUCUAAUGAACAGCGGGCACGUCGGCCUAUGAAUGCUUUCCUCCUCUUUUGCAAGCGGCACCGUUCUCUGGUGCGACAGGAACAUCCUCGUCUUGACAACCGCGGGGCCACAAAAAUAUUGGCUGACUGGUGGGCUGUGCUGGAGCCCAAGGAGAAGCAGAAAUACACUGAUAUGGCCAAGGAGUAUAAAGAUGCCUUUAUGAAGGCUAACCCAGGCUAUAAGUGGUGUCCCACUACAAGCAAGCCACUCAAGAGCUCUUCCUAUCAGCAUGUCAGCUGUCCUCGCAAAAAGGUGUGGUCCUUCUCCUGCAACUCACCCAAGGACUCUACUGCCAAAAAUGUGCCCAAAAGCGACAGUUUGCACCAGUUGAACUUUGCCAUGGCAGACCCCACAAAGAUGGGAGGCCUGAGCAUGCUGCUGUUAGCUGGUGAACACGCCCUCACAAACAGGGAGAUCUCUCCCAGCACUAAAUCUACAUUACCUGACACAGCCAUUAAAGGAAGCUCCUUUUCAGAGGAAACUAAAGAGAUGUUGUCUCAGACAAGUCCCAACAGAGUGCCUGAUAUUAUUGACAGCAGGAUGAAGACAGGGCUUUCCCUGGUGGAAGAGAUUGACCCCAGAACAAAAGCCAAAGGCCUUGUGGAGAGGCUCUCUCUGAAGCUGUCUUCCUUGUCAGGCACCCUUGAAGGAAAAACAUGCAGACAGUCAGCUCUCUUCCAGCUUGCAGAGAUGUGUUUAGCAUCAGAAGCAGGAAAAAUAGACUCAAUAGUGUCUCAGCCCGAUGACAACUGCUCCACAGCAACACUCAAGCAAAUAUCCAUGAAGCCUGGAGUUAAGGAGGAGAGAGACGCCUCUGACUGCUCUAGUCCUCCUCAUAGAUCGCCCUCCCCUCCGUCUCCUUCUUCUGGAACAUCCACCCCCACUGCUCAGCAUACUAGCCAAAGUGGAUGUGUCAAAAAGAAGACCAAGAAAUAUGAGGGGUUGAAGUCUAAUGACAUCCAAUGGUCAGAAAAAAGAGUGGGCACAAAUUGUCAGCACUUUGAAUCAAAUGUGGACAGCACCAUUGAGGCAGUGGCCAGAGGAGCUUGGAUUGACAAAGAGGAUAAAUCCAAGAAGAAGACCUCUCCCGGUCUUAUCAGUAGAAGCUCUGGUCUGCCACAAAAGAAAACUAAGACCAAAGUUAAGACACUGGUUAAAGCGAAAGAAGAAGAGUUGGAAGACAGCAGCAAGCUGCAGGGAUCCUCUGAUGGGGAGAGAAAGAAAGUAGCGCCUGGCAUUGAGGCCAAGAUUGAAGCAGAAAGUGUAAAUAGUGAAAGCACAGGCCUUCAAGGCUGCAUGCCAGAGUCUCCCCAGCUCCACUGCGGUCAAUCGCCGGUGAAGCCCAAAGAAGAGGACAAGGAGAAGCACAAGGAGAAAGAACAGCAGAAGGCUAGUGACACAACCUGUGAGCUGAACACACACAACCAUGGCUCCAGAAAAUCCGAGCGAAGCUGUAAGGGUGCCUUGUACAAAACUCUUGUGUCUGAGGGAAUGCUAACUUCACUGAGAGCCAAUAUAGACAGAGGUAAAAGAGGUGGUUUGCGCGCCUUUGAUCAUGAUUCUAACUGGAGUCAGGACAGCUGGACAGUUUCACACUUGGGACCAAGUAAUACCAAGAAGCUAAAAAAGUCCAAGUCCAAAGAAGAGUCUUCUCAGAGCCUGGGAAAACUAGAAGAGGAGUUUGAAAAGAAGUUCAACAGCCUGCCGCAGUACAGUCCACUCACCUUCGAUAAGAAGGGGACAGCUGUUGCCAAGAAAAAGAAAAGUGACUGCUCCUCUAGCGUAGAUGAACCCUCUAAAGCUCCAAAAGUGGAACAGAGUAACUGCUGGCAGCUGGAUUCAGUUUCAAAAGUUCCGCCCUCUGCUUCCAUGUUCCCUGACAUCCAUGGUGCCUCCAGCAUGGAGAUGCUAGUUGGCAGCCAGAAGAGGAAGGCUAGGAAGUCCAGGAUUACACACUUGGUGCGCACGGCUGAUGGCAGUGUUUCUGCAGCUGAAGAAAACAAAGCUAUGGAUCUAAACCAGGAACAGGAUAAGAAGCCAUUAAACCAACAGAAUUUAUGCAAUGACAAAAGGUGCUACCGCAGUCCCACAGCAGAGGAGACAGGGCGGAACACCUUACCACCAGAGUUACCUGCUUUCUUCAGUUUGGCAGCCCUUGCUGAGGUAGCAGCCAUGGAAAAUGUUCACAGAGGCCAGAGAAGCUUAGCUCAAAGCCAGAAGAAAGAACUUGUACAAACUCCGGUUCUCAUAUCCUGCGCUGAUCAGUGAAGUGAUGCUGCUGCUUCUGGAAGAAGAUGACAUGAACAGUAGUAGUGAAGCUUUGCUUUCCUGAGAGGUUGUUUGUUUGGAAGGCUUGGACAAACUCCAGACUCUGAUUUUGCUUGAAUCUAAUAUAUGGGGAAAGAAACCCUCUCCUCUCCUCUCCUCUCCUCUCCUCUCCUCUCCUCUCCUCCUCCUCCUCCUC